AAACUCAUUUGCGGGUCAAACAUUGGCAUUUUCGUAGCUAUUUUGCCAGCACAAAGGGCCUAAAAUGACAUCGAAAGCCCUGUGGACAUUCAAUCUAACUGGUUCGGAUACAGUCGCGCGAGGGAACUCGCGAAAUACAAAACUUGACCCACCAGGAUUUGCGGAGGCUGUGGCGAAUGAUGGUGCGAGGAUUUCGAGACGAGGAAGCCAAGACGAUCAGCAAGAGAAAGAAGUACAAAUUGCCAACCUCAAGAUGAAGAAAGCAUGGGACGCAGCACUGGCACCUGGGAAGUCAAUUCCGAUGAACGCCAUAAUGCUGUACAUGUCAGGAAACAGCAUACAAAUUUUCAGCGUGCUGGUCACUGUUAUGUUGCUGUGGAACUCGAUAAAAGCAAUAAUGGGUGUCAACACUGUUUUCGACCGAUUUUCUACAAAAUCAACGGAGACACGACCACGGGGAAUUGCGGCAUUGCUAGCACUUUCUAGUGACCCGUUGCUUCUACCAAAGCUUGCCUAUAUCGUCCUUCAGUUUGGCUGUCUUGCGCUAGGUGUAUGGAAAUGUGGGGCAAUGGGGUUACUACCAACUGCCCACUCCGAUUGGCUAGCGUUUAUGGAACCAAAGAAGAUUCUGGAGUAUGGUGUAGGAGGAAGCCUAGAGUCGCACACGUCAUAAAUCCUUUGUGCAGUUCUCUUGAGAUUACAGAUUGGCCUUUACAGAACACAUCUAACAUCUAUUGAAAAUGGGUCCGUUUCCAAAUGUACAUGUCUACUGAGUAUUCUCUGAUUGUCCCGUUACUUCCCAGAAAUCUUCCUUGACCUCACCGCGGCAGCCAGCCACCGUACAA